GUCGUCUGUUCCGUUUAUUGUCGACCCUACCUUAGCUUCUUGGCUAGGUACCUAAUUCUACAAAGGGCUUCUCACGAUCAUUAGCUACGCCCUCACAAAGAUUCAUAACGCGCGCAUUUCGACCCUCUUUUCCUAUGACACCUAUACGAACCCCUCCGUGCACGAGAUAACGAUGUACAACGACCCAGCCGAGGAGGGCCGCUCCUCGCGCCGGGGACGCUUGAUGGGCAAGCUCUUCGGCCCCAAAGAAAAAGAACGUAAACCUGCUGCUGCCGAAGAUGCUGUUCAUGAUUUCCUGCACACACCAGCCAGUGCCCUACAUCCUACUAUUGCCCCGCCGUCGUCGGGUCUCCCCGCUCUCACCAAACUCGAUACCAGGAGUGCUUCCCGCUACCCCCAGGCACACGAUAUCGGAGCCUUUUCACAACAAAGUCUCCCUCUAAGAAACCGCUCCAAAAGCCCUGCUCGCUCCCCGAGGCGGAACAGGAAAGGAUUCAUAGUCCGUUUUGUCGAUACCCCGCCUGAUAUCAUGGGCGAAGGCGGUGACGAAUGCACCACCCCAUGCAUCGAGAUCUCUAGGCAGAAGAAGCUGCGACAACUCCCUUUAUCCGCCCCUCCCAACCCCGUCGCUUCCGUCACUUCCGUCGCCUCCAUCGCCCCCGAUGCAUCGCGAAGACCCUCCGAACCGGAUACCUUCUCCCCGCCCCCCAUACGCCGGACGCAGACUGGUUACAGCACCGCCGGCAACCCGGUCAAGGCCAGGGUCAACCCGCAACCAGAGGUCGUUCCCGGUACGGCUGCACGCACGAGGUUCUUGGACUCGUCUACGAACAGGGUGCAGGACGAGAAUAGAAGGUCUUUCUUGGAGAUUCACCAGGCCGAAAUGCGCCAGGCCGAAGGUAAAGCGUUUGCAGAGGCCGCGCGUUCCAGUGUGGCGUCUCACCGAGAAUGGGAGGAGGCCAUGCAUUCGCCGUUUGAGACGUCUCGCGAACCUGCUGCCUCUGCUGCAUCUGCUGUAUCUGCUACAUCUGCCGCAUCCGUCGCAUCCGCCACGCCCAUGAGCACAGUCCCGAGGUCGCCCGAGAGUCAACGAACGAGAGCCUCGGCCCCGCGUGAGCAGAGCCCAUCUUCUUCUACAUACUCUAUGAACAGCACCGGCUACGACCAGCAGCCACCACCACCACCACCACCGCAGCCGAACUUCUCCCGUCAGCCCAGCUUCCCUCAACACCACCAACAACAACAUCCACAGCAACAUCUACAGCAACAUCAUCAGCCCAGCCCCGUGGCGGCAUCAGCAACAUCGUUCUCUAGCCUCUCCCGACUGGGAUCCUUUCAAACACCGGAUGUGACCACGCCCAGCGGGGACGACGCUCUUCUUCUGUUCAUCGAACGCACCCGUCACCUGAGCGAGCUCUUCAGACUGCACGCCGAGACGGUCCGGCCCGUGUCCGCCUGCGACCCUCACGACCUCGCGAGAGCGGCCCUCUGGUGGUUCCUCCGGGGCAGGUUGGGACUAGAGGUUGCCAUCCGCGGACGGCCAACGAACCCCCAGGAUCAGAUGCAGAGCGAGAUUGACAGGCAACAAGCGCACACGAAUCUGGCCAAGGGUCACUGGCUGUUGGAGGAGGCGAUCCCCGAAAUUAUGGCGAACCGACAGUCGCCGCCCGACCCCGAAGUCGAAGAGGUGCGAAGGACGUUGAGCUCUGGACUGGCCAAGCUUGCCGGAUCCAUGAAGAGGAACGGGCUCCUGCCUCCGGAAGAGGCUUUUCUGCCCCAGGUCAUCGACAAAUCCAUCUGGAUCGAGUACCCGAAGCUGAGUCAAGACAUGGUUGCGCUGCUCACGGGGAACGCGGCCGCCGCCAUCUCCGGCGUGCUGAACCCCCCUUCGGCCGCUGACGCCUUGGACGCAUUCCCCAUCGGCGACACCGCCGAGGUAUUCUGCUUCGGCCGCGUGCUCGUCGACGCCUUUCUUAUGGAGCAAGGCCGGGAGUCGCAGACGUUCCACUUCCCUUGUUUCCUAUCCAUGGUCCGACCCCAGAAGCAGUCUGAUGUGGUCUUUGUCGUGUCGAGUCAAAACGGGCACGUUCACCUUCGCAUCCAGAACAACAGGAACGCCGGGCCCACGUGGGAAGAUGUCCGAUGGAAGACAGACACGUGUGUGCUCGAGGUCCUGCUCCCCCGCGGGUUCAAGCUCGCCGUCCAAUGUCUGCAGCAAGAUUUCAGGGUCCUGUGGAACAUGUACGACUUUGGCUCCAAGACGCAGGCCACGCUGUACCCCCGCCCGGACGAGCAGUGCAUCUCCCGGUCCACGCUCCGGACGUUCCAAUACUUCGACGCGGACCCCCAGUCGCGUGCCUUCCCCAAAGAGCCGGUUCCUUCCUGCGAGGUCGCGUUGUUCGAGAAGAUACGCAAAGAGAAGUCCGCCACGGGCCCUCGCAGCUUCCACCGGGGCUUCCGCCUAGCGGUCGUCUCCGGGCCCAGGACGAGGACGCUGAGCGGAGUCAACCCGAGCUGGACACCGCAGCAACCCGUCUCGUUCGGCUUCCUGCGAGGGGACGGCGGCGAUCCGGCGCUGCUGCUCAAGUGCGACGACGGCGGACGGCACAAGGGAUCGGCGGUGCUCUCGUUUAACGACGAGACGGAGAGGGUCCGGUUCCACACGCUCCUCACGGGAACGGCGGUGCUCCACGACGAGACCAUCUACGCAGACGUGCCCUUGACGGGGUUCUCCCUGGGCCGGUCCCUGACCGACACGCAGGGCCUACCGGGGAUCAACAGACUGCCGUGGAAGACGGUCAGGGUGGUCAACGACGACCACGGGGGCGACGAGAUGGCGCCGACGGUCCUGUCGGACAAGCUGAAGCUCGUCAUCGACUCCAAGGUCGGGACCAUCACCGACCGGGUGAACGUGGAGACGGGCGAGCUCAGGCUGCGGCUCGAGGUGAACAACACAAAAACGCUGAGGGUGAUGCGGCGGCCGCAGUUGGACAUGACGGUGGCCAUCUCGGAAGCGCAGCUCAGCAGGGAGGUGGCCAAGGAAAUCGCCGAGACGCUGCAGGUGUUGCAGACGGCGCAGACGGUCCGGACGUUCGCGUUCCCCAGCCUGCAGGACCUCCACGGCUUCCAGGCGGCGCUGACGGGGUUCCAGGUCCGGUUCGACGGGCUGGCGGCGGGGUUCGCGAUUUCGCGGCGGCGCAUGGUGGUGCCGAUCCACAAGAAGUGGGACGCCGGGUGGACGCGGAUCCAGGUGGUGCAGCAGGACAAGGCGAUGCAGCUGCUGGCGUUUUUCCCGGACUUCCAGCACGGGCAGUGCAUGAGCUUCGUGCUCAAGGGGACGGACGUGUUCGAGACGUUCUCGCGCGGCGGGAAGGCCGGGUUGCGGCUGGUGGAUGCCAAGUUCCCGCUGCCGCGCGUGCCGCAGGACGGCGAGGGGCCGACGGACGAUAUGGGCACGGUUUGCCUCGACUUGCCGGACUUGCCGGGGGAGCACGACGACAUUGCAUUGCUUUUCGAGAAGGAGGCCGAUCGGGAUCGCUUAUGCCAGUGCCUACCAGCUCCCGUCAAGGGGCCCUCCAGGCUGGCUAAGAUGAACUUUUAGUGGAUGCAUCGGCCCGGGCGAGAAAACGCAUGACCAGGAACGACAGUACUUGGAAAAGUACCGAAAAAAAGCAAAAGAAAGAAAAAGAAAAUAGGAGGAAAUCAUUGCAUGGCAUGACUUGGCUUGGCUUGGCUUGGCAUGGCAUAUAGCAUAGGGCACAUGAAUAGCGUCUCUCUUUUUUUUCUUCUUUUUUUCUUCUUCCCCCUUUUCCCCCAGGGCGGGAUCUAGC